AUGUCUUCGCAUGAACCACUGUUGAUCGCUAAACUGUUCGAUCUGUUUAUCAAGCCCCCUCACACAAACGAGUCGAGCCGACCGGUGCCCACGAGGAGCGUGAGCGAGUGGUUUGAUGACCUGUUCGACUACUGGUACGAAUUAUUGUUUGACGAAGGGGAAGAGGAUGUCCCCGAGCCAACGAAUAGAAGUGAUAUUCGGUACUACAGCGCUGCGUUUACGGCAGAUGUAGAAGACGAACACCUUCGUCAGGCGCAGGAGGAGGCUGCGUACGAUGCUUGGUUUUCUUCUCCGCCUCCAAGCCGACGGUUCUGCAUCAUGACAAGUUCCAUCGUAUUCGUCCUCCUUUACUUCGCGCCCUACAUAACCGAUGUCAUUCUUGUAUCCGUCGCCAUACUAUUAUUCAUAUCGGCCAUCUUAUUGCCUCCUAUUAUACUGCUAAUCAUGCUGUUCCGUCCGCUAGGGCGUUGGAGAAAGACAAACGAGGGUGGUGAAAAUAGGGGUAAGAGAUUAGCUGCAUCUCUGCGCUCUAUUUCCCACAAGAGCCCAGACAUCUUGAAUGGUCAGAUGGGCAUUGUUAAGAAAAAGUAG